AUGAAUUUGAAUCCGGAAUUGUUCCGGUUACCGGAACGUUCGUCGGGCCAACAUAGCAUGACAAUACGAGAACUUUGUGAUAACGAUGAUAUGGCAACCAGUGUUAUCGUUGAUCCGGUUCUCGGUUUUCGUACACAUAAAAUGAAUCUUCAUUACCGUCCACCACAACAUGAGGAGCAAAUCAAACUGAAAAACAUAUUAAGGAAAUACAAGGAAGAUCAGGAUUUGUGCACAGCGAUUUGGGAAAUUUUCCAUGUGAAUAUAGUAACCAGAUUCUUGAAACGACGAACACUAAAGCAGCAGUUUGCUUUCCGAGAUCAUCUUUUGCGGUUUAUGCAAAUGUUCUCCAAUGAUUCAGGCUUUACAGUUCAAGCAUGCCAUCGCUAUAAAACGGAAAAUCGACUUGGUGGAAUGCUGGUCGCCACGAAGUCAUGGCAAAAAGGUGAGGUAAUUGGCAGCUUAGUAGGUGUCAUUGGUGAUCUCAGUCACGAAGAAGAAUCUCAACUAUUGCGAAAAGAUGUUAAUGAUUUUUCUGUUAUGUAUAGUACGAGGAAACAACGUGCUCAAUUAUGGCUUGGUCCUGCUGCUUAUAUUAACCACGACUGUUAUCCCACUUGUAAAUUUGUUCCAAAUAGCUAUGCUGCAGUUGUACAGGUAUUGCGUGACAUUGCUCAAGGAGAAGAAAUUACAGCGUAUUAUGGCGAUAACUUUUUCGGCGAUAACAAUAAUCGCUGUGAAUGUUUGACUUGUGAACGAGCUUGCAAAGGUUUUUUCACAAGUUUGAUGGUAUCAGGUACUUCGUUGGAAAAAAGUGAUGAAUUAAAAGAAUCCGGUAACAAUUAUAAAUUUCGUGUAACCGACUCGAGGCUUUGUCGUUAUAUGCCACAAUCAAAUCAACUGAACACGAGAAUGACGCUUCGCCGACAUACUGUCGCUGCUUUGCAGGAUCGCUUCUCGGCUGAAGAAAUUCAAGCAGAAGGUUCUAUCAAUCGUUCGAGAAAAAAGACUGGGAAAAUAAAUAAUAGGCACUGUGUUACUAGAAAUCAGCAGAGACUUAGACGUGCUAUAAAAACGUCUUCAUCUUCAUCGUCAUGCUCGAGUACGCCCAGUAUGCAGGCUUGGAUGAACACUUCACUGUUGAAUAAUCGAAUGUCUAGCCAAUUGAGCGGUAAAAAACCGUGUACAUCACAGAGCGGUUUGCACAUUCUUGCCACUGUUGCGACCACUAUGAGCUUUAUUGAUAGAUCUCAUUUGAUGUCUUUAUCACAAGAUCCCCUUAACUGCAUUUGUGAAAUUGACAACCAUGACGUUAGAAAUGAGCAAUCCGAUGGCUUGGAAGAGGUCGACAAUUAUUCCAAAUCAUAUGUUUCGGAAAGUCAUGAUGUGCUUUCAACUGUUUUUGAUGAAAAUGGAUGCUAUGACGAUGACGGUGAUGGUUAUGAUGGCGUUUCCGGAACUGGUUUAGAUAAUGACAUGAGUUAUAGCAGAGCGGAAAAACCUACAAAUAAAAUCCAGUACAAUGAUAUUUCAGAAACAAAUUUAAUUCACAAGAGGCGCAGAAUCAAAGUUCAUCCUUAUUAUAAAAUCGCGUUUCACAGUCUACUGACACCCACUUCUGGAUAA